AUGGCUAGUUCGUUUUCAUUUAUUGAUGAUCUUAUACGUGAUUAUCUUAAUUAUCGUGGUUUAACAAGCACUUUAAGAACAUUUGAAAAUGAAAUAACAAAAAUUCCAAUUGGACAAUUUCGUGCUGAUCGUAUAACUGAACAACUAACACUUUAUAUUAAUCAAUUUGAUAUAAAUAAUUUAAUUGAUUAUUGGACACAAAUUGAACAACGUCUUUUAUCAACAUUAAUAAUACGUUCUCAACAACAAACAAAUGUUUUAACAAAAAUUCGUACAAAUUUAUAUCGUUGUUAUUUAAUUCAUGCAAUACAAUCAUCAAAAAUGGAUAAAAUUCAUGAAUUUUUUGAUCGUUUAGCUAAAAAUUUACAACAAUCAAAUGAAUGGACAAAAGAUUGGUUUGCAUUACCAUUUAUAAAAAAUCCUGAAGAAAAUCCAAUAUUUCAAUUAUAUUUUUCAAAACAAUGGAAUGAUCUUUUUUGGAUUUCAUUACAAAAUUUUUUAUCAACUGCUUUCUAUCAGUAA